UCCCUGCAGAACAACCCCUGUCCAAGUGAGAUUAGAAAUACACAGUUGAGACAAAGAAUUCUUACUGCAAGUUGGACUUGAGCUGCAUCAUGAAACCUUGGAUUCUUCUACUUCUAGCUGGUCUCCUCAUGCUUUCCACUCAGCUGGCAUCAGCAAAGACCACCAAACAACUUUGUUCUCCAAAAGUCAAGGUGGGCGAGUGUCCCAAGGUCAAAAUCCCUCCUGAUUAUCCUUGUCACCAGAAGUGUACUUGUGACUCUGACUGCGAAGAGGAUAAGAAAUGCUGCCCGGUCGGAUGCGCCAGGGAGUGUUUCCCCCCAGGACCACUCUGCAGGGGGGCGCUGCAGGAUAUGAUCAGAGAGCAAGGUGGUCCUAAGGAGGAGAUCGAAGCUCCAGCUGUUUCUCAGGUGGACCUCCGAUCACACCUUCAUGGCCAUCAUCUUGACCUCUUUGACCAGAGUUUCUGCCCUGCCGAUGCCAAGACAGUUGCCUCCCUGGCUGUUCCCACCACCUGGAUGUCCAAGAUCAAGGACUGUGGCCCAGAGAAGAAGUCCUUCCUGCCCAGCACCCAUCUUGGAUUUUCUACACACCAAGAGUCAUUCUGUCUCUCAGGAGUUCAUCUCAUCCAGGUCACCUUCACCAACUCACUUGCAAUCCUUGCAAUUGCACAAGAGCUGAGAGCCGCUUGCUCACCAGGUGCCCGUCUUCUCCCUCCCCUCCCCUCCGCCCUCCCUCCCCUCUGCCAGCCACACCUGGGAGAGCUUAAAGCUUGGCCUGAGGCAGGCCGGAUCCCACAGCUUUCUUCAGACACAGCCACCAUGACGCCCAGGAGAGGCAGCUGCCCCCUCCUCCUCUUCUCCCUGGUGGGGCUCCUCACGACCUGUGCUCAGGAGCCUGACUCGGCCGGACAGAACACCACAGAAGUCGCAGAGAAAGCUGGCACCUGUCCCCAGGCAGAGCUGGAGGUGCCCAAUGGGAACUGCACGGAGGAGUGCCAGUCCGAUGCCCGCUGCGAGGGGAACCAGAAGUGCUGCCGGACAGGAUGUGGGACUUCCUGCCAGAUUCCAGACGGCGCUGUGAUUUAUGUGAAAGAUCCCUGCCGCCCGUACAAGCCCACUCCAGGUAGAUCGGAGCUUACUCACCUGGGGUGGCUUCGGAAACAACUUUUCCGUGACAGCUGCAACCUGUUAAAACUGCAUAAGACUCUAAAGAUGAUCAAGUUUCGCAUGCUGGUGAAAGGGAAAGCCGGGUCUUGCCCAAAUGUGGACAUGCCCAUCCCACCUCUGGGUUUAUGCACAAACACGUGUUCCAUGGAUUCGCAAUGUCCAAGCAACAAGAAGUGCUGCAGAAAUGGCUGUGGGUAUAUGACUUGCUCAACCCCCAGGCCCUGAUAUACAGCUCAGGCUGGAGAACCCAAUGCAUUCACAGGACUGAAGAAAUGACCAUGGCACUCUCAGACUCCUUCCUGCCCAAGCCUAGUCAACCCUCUAUGCUGGAGACCCUCCACCCAUCCCCUCUUUUUCAGUAAAGCUCUCAUUUCACACGGCAGCCUCUGAAUCUUCUAGUUUUGUGCCGACCGCUUGGCCAACCUUCCCUUUGGCAGCAGGGCCCUCUUCUCUACUUAGCUCUGGCCAGGGAGAGAUGGAGGGAGGGAUCCUCCCCUGGUGUCAAGUGGGAUCCUCCUCUGGUGUCAAGCAACCAGAGCCACUGAUCGAUAGUUGAUAGUCAGCAACUCUAUUGACUUCUGCCUAAGUUACAAGAAUCUCCUCGGACUGCCUGCCUGCCUGCCUGCCUGUGAUUGGAAACAACCAGAUAAGGUUUUGUGGAACUCAGGGAGGCUCAAAUGAUGCCUCUUGUGGCUGCACAAGGACUCCAAGCUAGAUCCCCACUUGACCCCUCCUUCCAGCCUGGCUAGCAGUUCCUCAACACUGGCCAUCUCUUCUACAAACAACUUCUCUUUUGAAACUGAAGGUUGUGGUCCAAAACAUCUCCAAUUUAAGAGGAAAAAGUCAAUCCAGCUGUUUGAUGGACCCCUCUGGUUGAUUCAGAGAGCCUCCAGGUGUGAAGCAAAGGUGGCAGGUGAUAAGGAAGGGCAAGCAGAGGUUACAGAUGCCCUGCCAUGCCCCGAUAGCAGAACUGCCUCUCUAAAUCUCUUCAUCCUUAGGUAACAGGGAUCUGCCCACCUAGCAAUUUGAAAGCAUGCAAAUGUGAGUAGAUAAAUGGGUACCCCUUGGGUGGGAAGGGAAUAGCGUUUCCUUCCCACCCUUUGACAGCCUUUGGCAUAAAGUCAUGCUGGCCACAUGAUCACCGAAGUGGUCUCUGGGCAACCCUGGCUUCUUGGCCAAGAAACGGAAAUGAGCAUCAUCCCCAGAGUUGAACACAACCGGACAGGGAAACCUUUACCUUUACUUUAUGUCUUGUACGUCACCCAGACUUGGAAGGCCAAUACUUUAAACAUCAAAAUCUAUCCAAGAAUGGUUGGAGGGCACUAGAAGAUGCUGUUUCUAGUGGGCAUCCUGCCAAAAUUUUAUUUUUUACGACUACAAAAAAACCUCUGAGUGUUCUCUUUUCAUGCACCACCAGGAGGCAGCAUGUGACCACUUUUCUCUCUCCUUGAGACUCAUCAGACAUAGGCAGCCAAAUGUUAGUUUAAAUCCUUGGCUGGGAACUCCAUGCAUGGGCACUCACAUUUUUAAAAAAAACAUAACUUUAUUAAACUUAUCAAAGUAUAAAAUACACAUGAAAAUGGAAAUGUGGAGCUCCCUUUGCUUUAAGGAGCUGACCAGAAAGAUGGCUUGGUGGCUCCACUCCAGUGGGGGCUGAUCUGGUGGGAGCUGGUGUGCAAAUGGCCGUGAAGUGGAAUUCCCUCCCAGCCGAGUGUGCAAGAAACCCAAAAGGAGGAAGACGGCCACUGUGGCUGUGGGAAGAAGAGAAAGGGGGGGAUGGCCGGGUGGUGGGAGACGGAAGGAGAAGGGGGAUGUGUGGGAUUCUGCUCUGGUGAAACCCUCAUUAGCUCUAUUCCAGGAGGGGGCGCUGCAGCUGUUAGUUGGACUCUGGGAAAGGGUUGAAGGUUCCCCGACACCCACGUUUUUUCUCAUCCCUGCACUUUUAAGUGGAAACUGAUGAACGGAGAGAGGAAGUGGAUGCUUUUUUUCAUCACUUUGUGUUGAGGAAAUGCAAUUAUUGGUGACUUAUGAACAGGUGGCAUGCAAAAAUUUUGCAUGGAUAGCUGUAAUAACAUGUUUAAAAUGGACAAAUAUCUACAUGCAUAAGAAGCCCUCAUAUACCUAACAUUUUUCCUAGCAUUGUUUUCUCUUCCUGACGUUGUUCCUGUUGCUUCUUUUUUUCCUUGUUCAUUAAACAA